UUCCAUGAAUGAUGUGAUAGACAGGAAAACUGAGAAACUUCAUGAUUAGUAUUGUCUCUUUAUUACAAGCCGUGUCUCAUUGGGGUCUUACAGGGGGGUGCACAGAAAAUCCUGGAGCCAGAAAAGAGGACAGCAUCUCUGAUUAACCUUACUGCAAAGAUGUUGUAUCUGGAAAACAGUGCUCAGGCUCAGUAUAGUGAGCCACAGUAUACUAACCUGGGGCUUCUGAAUAGCAUGGAACAACAGAUCCAGAAUGGUUCUUCUUCUACAAGUCCUUAUGCCAAUGACCAUGCUCAAAACAGCGUCACUGCACCAUCACCAUAUGCCCAACCAAGCUCUACUUUUGAUGCCCUUUCCCCUUCUCCAGCCAUCCCAUCUAACACAGAUUAUCCGGGACCCCACAGCUUUGACGUAUCAUUUCAGCAGUCCAGCACAGCUAAGUCAGCCACUUGGACGUAUUCCACAGAUCUAAAGAAGCUCUACUGUCAAAUUGCCAAAACAUGCCCAAUUCAAAUCAAAGUAAUGACACCACCACCCCAAGGAGCUGUCAUUCGGGCCAUGCCUGUAUACAAGAAAGCAGAACAUGUCACAGAGGUUGUGAAGCGCUGUCCGAACCAUGAGCUGAGCCGAGAAUUCAAUGAGGGACAAAUGGCUCCCCCAAGUCAUCUGAUUAGAGUGGAGGGAAACAGCCAUUCCCAGUAUGUGGAAGAUCCAAUAACUGGAAGACAAAGUGUUCUGGUACCAUAUGAACCCCCGCAGGUUGGCACGGAAUUCACAACAAACUUAUACAACUUUAUGUGCAACAGCAGCUGUGUUGGAGGGAUGAAUAGAAGACCUAUACUCAUCAUAGUUACACUGGAAACAAGAGAUGGUCAGGUUCUGGGUCGACGAUGUUUUGAGGCUCGUAUAUGUGCUUGCCCAGGCAGAGACCGCAAAGCAGAUGAGGACAGCAUCAGAAAACAGCAAGGUUCAGACAGUACAAAGAAUGGAGAAGCUUUUCGACAAAGUACGCAUGGCAUUCAGAUGGCUUCCAUUAAAAAACGUCGAUCUCCAGACGACGAAGUUCUGUACUUGCCGGUAAAAGGUCGAGAAAUUUAUGAAAUGUUGCUAAAAAUCAAAGAAUCUUUGGAGCUCAUGCAAUAUCUUCCCCAACAAACAAUUGAGAGCUACAGGCAGCAGCAACAGCAUUUGCUACCGAAGCAUCUCCUAAUGACCUGCUUCGGUGAUGAACUCAUGGAACCCAGGGUAGAUCUUCUGAAAGACAAAGAUACCUUCUUAAAACAUUCCACAAUCCCCAGCCAUUCAAUGUAUCCAUAAACUAUAUUUACUCAAUGCCACUUUUAUACUGUGCUAUUUUGAUCAACUCAUGGACAACAUUUCAAAACUCUGUGAGGCCUCAUCAAUGCUUUAGCUGUGGCAUGGGUAACCGUUAACAUUUAUCUAGAGAGGACAGUGGAGAUAUUGGUGCCUUGUAAAUUACAUGCAUUUCCAAACAAUGUCCACAAAGGUCCAUAAAAGCCACCAUGCUGCAAUAUUACUUGUUUUGUGUGCAGUUGCCACCAGCUCCAUCUUCAAGCCAUGCUCCAAGCCUUUUUUUUCUUUUUUUGGUUGAAAGUUGAAAAGAUACCUCAAACUUUUACUUAGUGGCUGCAGGCAAACCAAAAGUGCAUAAAUCAAUGGCAACCACAUUUUCUCUGGCAAAAGGCGUUGAUGAAAAGGGUUUGAGGAUCGAUAGGAGUGUCAUUUUAAUGCUAAAUCUGUAUAUAUGUGUAGCAUUUACUGAAGGGACUCAAGCACAGAUCUGUCAUUUUGACAACAUCCAGUGCCUUCUUGCUUCUCAUCAAUGUUUGGAACACUUCUGUGAUUUCUGUUUUAUGUGUUGGGGCAAUUGCUUUGCUGGUUUUGAGCUGGACUCAGUGUUAACAUAUUUUUUUAAGAAAUUUUAUGAUGCGUAUUCAAAUUAUGUUACAAAUGUCAGUUGCUGGAGAAAAAAAAUCCAGUAGCUGAGGCUUACAAAAUGCUGGUCAUGUGAGAAUGUAAAGAAUUAUAUAGUAGUUGGCUGCUGGACAGAUGCAAAUGAAAUACCUUUUCUUUGUGCAUUGCUUUGCCUUAGUCUAUUGAAUGUGUCAUUGGGUAUUUUAUGCCAUUAAACCCUUUAAUAUA